AUGAAGACUGGUCGGAGAUGUGAUGGAUAUAGUGAAGCUCCCACUAAAAAACGAGUCCCACAUGCCUUCAAGUUUGUCAACUAUGUCGUUAUUGGACCUUCUUGUCCUGUGGCAGUUUUCAAUCCUGUCGCACCCCAGCAGCAGCGACGUGCUUUCGAGUAUUAUCAACUGCAGGUGUCUCUUGAGCUUGCCGGACCAUUUGACGAAGAGCUUGAUGUCUGGAACAGAUUAGUCCUCCAAGCCGCAUAUCACGAAGAAGCAAUAAGACAUGCUGUUUGCGCAUUGGGCAGCUUUCACCAACAUUACAGUAUGUCAAGCGGCGAUAUCGUCUUGUUCUCCAAACAAGGUUUAGAGGAAUAUUCUCUAGCCCUAUUCGCACUGGCCACUGCAAAACAUAGUCAGAGAUUGAUGGAGGUGACAUUGAUAGGGUGUGUUCUCUUCACAUUUUGCGAGCAACUGCAGGGACAUUUUGGAUCUGCUAAGGCCCAUGUAGACAGUGGUUUCAAACUCUUGCAUGCAUAUGUGGGAUCUGAGAAAGAAAAGAAUUCUAGGCCGAAGGAACCUAAGGACUACCAGAGUUAUAUUCCCGUUGAGGCUUUGGUAACGUUGUUCAGAAGGCUUCAUCGCCAGUUGAUUGAGAUCGGACAACCCUCAUCAUACAUGAUCGACGAAAAUUUACUCAGCGGAGUGCCACAGAUUGACUAUCACUUUCAGUCCUUAGGAGCUGCGAGCUACGCUCUCGAAAGACUAGCACAGCAACUCAAUACCAUCACACAACAUGCUACUUCGAAAAACUUGAGCGCGCGCUCCCCCGAGAUGACUGUGCUGCGUGAGACUAGCUACAGUGGAAUUCUACGGGAGGUCAAUGAAUGGAAAAUAGCUUUUGAUGACUACUUAUCUUGCGAAACCCGACUAUCUCCACAAUCUCUGGAGCAGAGGGAAAAAGCUGUGCAGAUUUUACGGCUGUGGUAUUUUUCAACAAACCUCUUUCUACAACUCGACUCCCCUAACGAAGUAAUGGGUUAUGAUAAUUGCAAUUCAAUUUUCCACGCAAUGGUUGAGGUUGGCCACGAGUUGCUCUUGAAUCGUACAGACAUUCACCAACAGCCAGAUCUUCGCUCAACGAGAACACUCAAUAGAUCGUCAGCUCCAGUGAUCGAGAGCUUUAAGUUCACGAACGCUGAGUUGAAUAUGUUUAAGAACCAUGUUGAGAGGGACAACGACUUCCACGCUUUACUACCAUCCUACUUCUCACGACUUGAAGGACGAGGUAGACCAGUCUUCACACACGCAGCUCUUUCACCUCUGCCUCCCUUGUUUCUCGUUACCACAAGGUGCCGAGACCCGAAUCUGAGGCGUCAAGCUUUGAAGGUUCUUUCCCAACUUAAUCGACGUGAUGGAUUUUGGGACGCAAGGGUAGCAGCGACGUGCGCAGGACUUGUGAUCUACUCCGAAGAGCUCGAGAGUAACCGCUUGAACGGAGAAGCUACUGGUGCCUUCACUUCUACGGACAUCAAAUCUGCGAAGGAAGUUCGGGCCGACUGUAGAAUGGUGGGCAUUCAAUCACAAUUCGGUGAAGGUAGAUCAAUGACCCUCAGUGUGCUGAAAGCACCUGCGGCACCAUAA